AUGGCCAGCACAGAUCAGGACGUGGCGUCGAAGGAUGCUACACCCUCCAACCCCCGCGGAAUUCCGUAUGCGCCGUUCGUCGAUAAGGUCGAAGACUAUGUCACGUCACGGGCGGAUGUUGAGCCGACGUUGCGGCGGUUUCAGGAGAUGAUUGCGAAAUACCAGUUUAUGGAACAGAAUCUACAACGGAGGGUGGUGGGGUUGAAGGAAAAGCUGCCCGAUAUCCGGAAGACGUUAGAGACUGUCCGGUUCCUAAAAUCGAGGACGGCCAACGUCAUGUUGUCAUACCCGAUUGACGAUGGAAGUGGCGGUCGCUAG